AUGGACGUGGAAGAGCUCGAGGUCUAUCUUGUGGUUGACAAGAAUCUUGUUGCAAGUGUUCAAACCAACUUUGUGCCCGAAGCUGUGCUAGGCUCCACGAAGGCUCCGAAGCGCGAUCAGCCAUUGACCAUGUCGCCCAAUCCUCGUGUCAAGCGCAAGCUACACUCAAUGACCCUACGCUCAGAGUCGCGUCGAGCUUCCGAAGACGCUCCUGUGUCUUCAUCUUCCUCCUUGUCAUCUCCCUCCUCCUCUCUCAUAGCAGACGGUCGACCAAUUACGCAUGAUAACCCAUCCCUGACUGAGGGCCCUCUAUUCAGUACGACAGAUAAUGAGAGGCUCCCUGGGGCGUUCAACCCUUCACCCUCGAUGAAUUACGCAAGUCCUUUCCAAUUCCCAUUCACCCUAGCCAGCACCGGAAAUCGGGUUUGGGCAACGCGCCGUCCAGCCAGCUACGAUUUCCCCAUUUACGAAGAGCCAUGCGAGCGACGAUCUCCCAGUCCGGUCCACGAAGACGAAUACUUGGGCUUCAGUCCCCAGGAUGAGGACAAGGAGAACGUAUUUUCCACACGCUCUGAUCUGAGCUCUUCCGACGAUGAGCCCCAACAGUCUCCCACCUUGAACCAGACCGCAACUAGCCACCGCGAUGCCUUUGGCAUUCCACUAGCCCACCAAAUCUCCGACUUCAUCGAGAGCAACGACGACAACCUCGAUGCAAAUGUUCUAGCCCGUCCUGAACGUCAAGUGCUACGACCUAUCUGGGUUCCAGAGCCAGAGGAGCCUGAAGAAAUUGCUGAGCUCUACGAUGAUAGUAUUACUCGGACUCAGAUUCGGGAGAUUGAGGAAGUCGAGGCGCUCUACCAGCGCGGCGAUCGAAACCGUGCUCGCAACAACCGUCACGCUGCUUUCCGUCAUGGCACGCCCGUUCAGGCUCGGACUAACUUCAAUACUGAUAUUCGUCGGAUUCUUGAGCCGCAGCGUCGUGAAGCUCAUCGUAGCUCUCUCGAUGAGGAUGAGGAGGAGCAUUGA